AUGGUUCAGAAACAACAAGGCAAGGUGUACGAGGCUCCUACGGCCACCACCAUUAACAUCGAGGGAUCGGUGAUCUUGUCUAUUCUUAGACACACAUCGGAAAACUUCCCUUCCUUGUUCUCGGGCUCUCUCAUGGGCUUUGAAGACGAUGAAGGUACCAUCGAUAUCACCCACGCAUACCCAUUCCCUUACCCAGAUCAAUACGAAGGUGGAUCCUUCCGUUCAAAGAGUGGAUCAAAGUACCAGCAGGAAAUCUUGGAGGCCUUGAAGUCUUUGGAUGAGGGUGUUGAGUUCCAAGGCUGGUUCCAGUCUACUGUGUCUGGUAACUUCAUCACCUCCUCCUUGGUUGAUGCCGUUGCCCAGCAGCAGCUUAACAACAAGAACUCCUUCCUUUUGGUUCACAACAUGGUUUCCGUUGGCAAGGGCGUGGACUUGAAGGCUUUGAGAUUGUCUGAGAACUUCCUCUCCACAUACUUGGACGGCAAGUGGAAGACCAAGGAUUUGGAGAACCACAAAUUGUCUUACCUCAAUAUCUUCGACGAGACUCCAAUCCACAUCCACAACCAGAACUUGGUGAACUUGUACUUGGCUUCUAGCAAGGAGACUACCUUGUCCAACGAGUUUGACACCUUGAACUUCUCCUCCAACUCAAACAUCACCACGCAAUUGUUGGAGAACUUGUACAGCCAGAUUGACUCGUUCAACUUUGACCAGACCAACUUCAACUACUACCAGAGAAUCUUACAGAAGGAGCACACUAAGAUUCUUCAAUGGAAGCAGAACAGAAAGAACGAGAACACCGAAAGAGCCAAGAUUGGUGAGUCCGAGUUGAACCCAGACGAGUGGCAGAGUAUUUUCAAGUUGCCUACUGGUCCUUCGAGAUUCAACAACACUUUGUAUUCUAGAGCCAUCGACGAGUUGGCAGACGACAUUUUGAAGAAGUGCGACCAAGAGUUGAUCAAGAGUUUCGCUAUUGAGAGAAACCAGGCCAAGAGAGCUGGUCUAGUGCUUCGAGAGUUCCUUGAACAGUUUGACGAAAAGGAUGGAGCCAACGCGAGGAAUGUGCUCUUCUACACUUCGCCAUACUUACGAGCUCGCCAGACUUGCAAAGACAUUAUAGAUGGGAUCCAGGAUCUAGAAGGCGUUCAGUACCAUGUCAAAGAGGAAGCGAGGAUGAGAGAGCAAGAUUUCGGCAAUUUCCAGAGCACUCCAGAAGAGAUGGAAAAGAUCUGGGCGCAAAGAGCACACUACGGUCACUUUUUCUUUAGAAUUCCUCAUGGCGAGAGCGCUGCCGAUGUUUAUGAUCGUAUUGCCAGUUUCAACGAGACACUUUUCAGGCAGUUCCACCAGGAUAAGUUCCCUAAUGUGUUGGUAUUGGUGACGCACGGAAUUUGGGCAAGAGUGUUCUUGAUGAAGUGGUUCCGUUGGAGCUACGAAGAUUUCGAGUCGUUAAGAAACAUUCCUCAUUGCCAUUUCCUUAUCAUGAAGCAGCAAGCAUCUGGACGGUACUCUCUUAAGACGCCGCUCCGAACAUGGGAUGAUUUACGAGAUCUGGAUGUCGAAGAGGAAAUCAGCAAGGAAUUCGUCCAAGAGGUAAACUUCAAUUCCAUGAACAAGCUCGAUAAUCCAGACGAUAUGGACAUUCACAGCAUCAUUCGGGCUCAAGUAGAGGCUAUUGAAGAGAACCGCCAGAAAGACAAGCAGAUCAGAGAAGACUACAAACAUACCUUGGCGACCAAACUCUCACAGGAAGAUCAGAGUACUCAAAACAGCACCGAAGAUGUUCUGGCCUUGUGA